AUGUCAUCUGGUGUCGUGAUUGUGGGUGACUCCAUCUGUGGAGGCGAAGUUGGUCAAAAGUUGAGCACGAGCUCCGACGAAGUGUAUCUGCGCGGGUUUAACACUUUUGCGGGGAAUAAGCCGAGCGACGUGGCGCUGCUCCACGAAGGGGCCGGUGAAAUUGUGGCUGCUAUCAAUGGGUACAUAGAAGUAACGGAUCGUGUGAUAUCGGUGAAGGGGCUGCUGCCGCGGUACCAACCCGAAAUUGGUGAUGUGGUGGUGGGUCGGAUCUUGGAGGUAACAGGCAACAAGUGGCAAGUUGAUGUAAACUCCUCCCAAGCAGCAAUUAUGCUUCUUUCUAACGUAACAGAGCCUGGAGGCAUACUGCGACGUCGAGGUCGCGGUGAUGAGCUAGGUAUGCGUCAGCUUUUCGAUCAAGAUGAUCUAGUUGCGGCGGAGGUUCAGCGCAUCUCUCCUGAUGGUGUGAUGUCAUUGCACACACGUGCAGCCGAGAAAUAUGGUCGGCUUUUAGGGCCGGGCAUUUUGGUGAGUGUGCGUCCCUCUUUGGUGAAACGCGCGAAGCACCAGUUUGUGGAACUUACCGACUACAACACGCAACUAAUCGUUGGUAUGAAUGGAAACAUAUGGAUCUGCUCGAUGCAGUCCUAUGCUACCGAAACGGAGGAAAAAGACCACGCCGUGGACACAUAUCAAAAUGUAGCACGCGUCGCAAACUGCAUCAAAGCACUAGGAGCUGCGCAAGUGCAAAUUUACCCAGCAUCGAUAAAGGCCACCGUGGCAGCGUCGUUAGAGGCAGGCUUGUCAGCAUUUGAUGUUUCGCUUGACAAGCACCGAGAUGCGCUUGUGGUACACGCCGUCGACGUGGUACGAAUGAAGCGCCGUCGCGAGGACGACGGCGCUUCGGCGCGAUAG